GGAAUGGCAGGAAAUCGAUGCGCGGCGGACCGGGGUCUCUUUGCGGUUCUCAAGGAGCGCGGGUGUAUGGGAAUCUUUGGCGAGGGCCGCCGUAUUUACACAUGAUUUUUCCUGUCCUUCCUCCGCUUCUGCCCUGCGAUUUCAUUAAACAAUGGACAUUAUCUAGACCUUGAGUUCAAUGUCAAAGAUAGGCCAGGGAGACAUAUUCAUCUUCAUCAGAGUCAUUAGAGUCCCGUCAAUGGAUUGCGCUUCUUACAUGCGCUGGACUCUAAAAGUCUCACUCUUAAAAAUAAGGGACUAAUGCAAUAUGAGAUCGUUCAAGUUCUAAAGUUCUUUAGAAACUAAAAAAGAGUGUUAAUUGCUAAACCACUUGAAUAAUCUUUAUUUUAAAUAUAGUUCGCUAGAUUAAAAAAAAUAAAUAAAUAGGCCAAAUAGGCUAAUGCCAAACAAAACGUGAAUCUAAAAUAACCGCUUAAUGUCUGUAUUGAAUGAAAAAUAAAAAAAUAAAAUAAAAAAUAAUUUAAUUUUAUAGAGAUGUUGUUAAAGUCUUCCUUCUCAUAAAAAACGUGAAGUUUGCGAUUUAAUAAUAACAAAUAAAAAAACUGUUUGGUGAAAUAAUGCAUUUUGAUUUGUGUGUGUGUGUGUGUGAAGAGAUGGGAGAGAAUUUAUUUUUCCUAUCGUAUUCAGUCGUGGGCUAGGAGCAGGUGUAUUGUGCAUGAGGGGGGAAAUAAGAAAAUAAUUAUUUGAAAAGUUAAAGUCGCUCUUUUGGUGUUUACUAAAGCUAAACGUAAAUGUUACUUCUUAAAUUAAUCGUAAUGUUAAUUGCACGCCAUUUAGUCUUAAAGAAAACAAUCUAACAGAGUUGCACCUCUGUGCACUUUCACUUGCACGAGCCUCCCUCGUUUUCGCGAGCGAAGCAAGCGGGGAGGGAAAACGCCGCUGAUUUCGUGAUUACUGGAUGGCUUCAUCAAAGCGGGGAAAUUCGGGUCUAUCCACGAGCAGCCCCGUCCCGACCUCGCGCUGACCUCGCCUCUCCGCGAGCGUGGGGGAGCCUCGCGCAACUUCCGACCGGUGGACACGCGAGACAGAUCCCCCCUCCUCCUCAUCCUUCUCCUCCUCCUCCUCCUCAGCGCAUCUCCCUCGCAUGGGACAAGAGAGGAUCCACUGGAACGGGACAGACAGAGACACUCCUACACGUUCAGAUCAGUGUAGGUGGACGAUCCUCGCCGUCCUUCUGUUUCUGUUUCUUUUUCACACUCUUUCACUCGCGAUCCGAUGCCAGAAAGAGGGACAGUGAAUAAAACCGCCAGUCACUCAGAGCGACACCUGGGGACUUUCAGCCGCACGAUUCGCGGAGGAACAGACUGAAGUUGGACAAAGUUUUUGUCCGCGGGGAAAUUUAGCGUGUCGUCCGCUUGAUAAGAGCAAACCGAGAGGAGAGAGACAGCGAUUUUUUUUUUUCUUCAGCAAGAGACACGGGAUACAUGCCGCAAAACACAGCGGUCGCGUACGAGCUUCAUUCGGGGCUGUGAGUUUUUGGGUGCCGUUUCAUUGAUUCAUUCUUCCCAGUGAGAUUUCCGUGGAGUUCUUAAGGGCGAGCAGACAGGUUUGGAUGGGAGCGUGUGUGAUAGCAGGAGCUGGCUAAGGCACGUCCAGAUCUCUCCAUCCACCCACCAACACAACCUCACAGCCUGCCAGAUACAUGAGCAGAUCUUUUACCGUGUGGUCCGAGAGGUCCAGCCGGGUGAGGAACUCUUACUGUUCAUGAAGGCUGAGGAUUUUUCAUGUGAGACCAUGGCUCCAGACAUACACGAGGAGCGUCAAUACCGUUGUGAGGACUGUGACCUGAACUUUGAGUCUGGUUCGGAGCUGUUGGACCAUCAGAAGCAUGCGUGCGGUACCCCGCCUUCCUCCGGAUUCAAGCUGUCUAAGCAGGGUCUGCCCAGCGCAGCGGACGAUCCUGAUCUUGACCCGCUGCACUUACACACUCACCCCCUGAACUUACCCCGCUCCCCACAGGAGUGUAAAGAGUGUGAGCAGGUCUUUCCUGAUGCCCAGAGUCUGGACACUCACUCUCUGUCUCACUCCGAUGAGAGGGAAUAUAAAUGUGAUCAGUGUCCGAAGGCCUUCAACUGGAAAUCAAACCUGAUUCGCCACCAAAUGUCACAUGACAGCGGCAAGCAUUAUGAAUGUGAAAACUGCUCAAAGCAGGUGUUCACAGACCCCAGUAACUUGCAGAGGCACAUUCGCUCUCAGCACGUGGGGGCGAGAGCUCACGCCUGCCCCGACUGCGGCAAGACCUUCGCCACCUCCUCGGGCCUUAAACAACACAAACACAUCCACUCUUCCGUCAAGCCCUUCAUAUGUAAGUCACUCAGACCCUUCAUAUGUGAGGUCUGCCACAAAUCUUACACGCAGUUCUCCAAUCUUUGCCGCCACAAGCGCAUGCAUGCGGACUGUCGCACUCAGAUCAAGUGCAAAGACUGCGGCCAGAUGUUUAGCACCACGUCGUCCCUAAACAAGCAUCGGCGCUUCUGUGAGGGUAAAAACCAUUUUGCUGCUGCUGCGGGAGGGUUGUUUGCCCAGGGCAUGGCCCUCCCUGGCACCCCUGGCCUGGACAAAUCCGCACUGGCGGGAAUGAGCCAUGGGAGUCCUGGUUUAGCAGACUAUUUUGGGACAAACCGGCACCAUGGUGGGCUGACAUUCCCAGCAGCCCCUCCAGCAUUCCCAUUCAGUUUUCCAGGACUUUUCCCAUCAGGACUUUACCACCGGCCCCCUCUAAUCCCAUCCACAUCACCCAUUAACCGCCCUCCGAGCGGUGAACUAAGGAAGAGUCCGCUGCUGUCUUCACCCAUCUCUGGGUCACAUGACCUCUUGAAGAGUUUACGCAAGGAUUCGUUCAAUGGGGAGAACGAGAGCAUGGAGCAUCAAAGGGAAGGAUCCGUCUCCAAACCAAGGCAUGGCGGGAAGAUGAGUGACCAGUCGGAGAGUAGUGAUCUAGACGACGUCAGCACUCCAAGCGGGAGUGAGCUGGAAAGCACUUCAGGUUCAGAGUUGGAUAGCGAAGCAGAAAGCGACCGGGAACGGGUGCGAGUGCGUGAGAACGGGAAAGGCCCGAAAAGGAAGUCCAGCGGGUUCAACGAUGCCCAAAGUCCGACUCUUGUCAGCUCCAGUAGUAGUAGCAACACCAAUAAUGGAAAAGACUUCCCUGUGCCGGGGCUCCUCCCGCCAUCUUUGGACGAGCAAACAGCUGUUUCCGGUGCCGUUAAUGACUCGAUCAAGGCAAUUGCUUCCAUUGCUGAGAAAUACUUUGGUUCUACUGGACUUGCUGGCCUGCAAGAUAAAAAAGUUGGGGCAUUGCCGUACCCUUCCAUGUUCCCUCUGUCUUUCUUUCCUGCCUUCUCUCCAUCAGUCUAUCCUUUCCCAGAAAGGGAGCAACUUAGACCUCCAGGCCACAAAGGGGAGCCAGAAAGCCCUCCAGUUGAGGGUAAAAAACUUCAGGGCAGAAAUGCUGAAUCACCUUUUGACCUCACCACCAAACGGAAGGAAGAACGUCUUGCUGCCACCUGCGCCCCUUUGAAAGCGGAAGCCUCACAUGUACAAUCAACCAACCAGGAUCAACCGCUGGACCUGAGUCUCGGUGGACGAAGUCGAAGAAAGAGUGUAAGAGGGGAGGAGUUAAAAAAGAACCCUGUCUUUGGAGAGGAGAGGGUGGAACCGGAGCCACCCAAGGCUGACCCGUCCCUCCAACAUGCAAGACCUACGCCUUUCUUCAUGGAUCCCAUUUACAGCAGGGUUGAGAAGAGAAAGAUGAACGAUCCUUUCGAAGUCCUCAAGGACAAGUAUAUGCGGCCCGCUCCAGGAUUUCUCUUCCACCCACAGUUUCGCAUGCCUGAUCAGAGAACAUGGAUGUCGGCGAUUGAAAACAUGGCCGAAAAGCUGGAAUCCUUCGGCUCUUUGAAGCCAGACGGCGGUGACAUCAUGCGUUCCGUUCCCUCCAUGUUCGACUUCCGGGCUCCGCCCACCACCCUUCCUGAGACACUGUUACGCAAAGGCAAAGAGCGCUACACCUGCAGAUACUGUGGCAAGAUAUUCCCACGCUCAGCCAACCUUACAAGACAUCUACGGACACACACAGGAGAGCAGCCUUACAGAUGUAAGUACUGCGAUCGUUCGUUCAGUAUUUCGUCAAAUCUUCAGCGUCACAUCCGUAACAUCCAUAAUAAAGAGAAACCCUUCAAAUGCCAUCUUUGUGACCGAUGCUUCGGGCAACAAACCAACCUGGACCGGCACCUCAAAAAGCACGAGAACGGUAAUUUAUCAGGCACAGCAAUGUCGUCACCCCGUUCAGAGCUGGACAGUGGCAGUGCCAUCUUGGAGGACAAGGAAGACUCGUAUUUUAACGAAAUACGAAACUUCAUCAGUAACACAGCACGGAACACCACUUCUCCGUCACACUCCGAGGAAGGGCUGAACGGCAGUCAUUUUGAUGGCGACAAAGCCCUGCCUGGCCAGGGGUCACGUGACCUGGACGAAGAAGAAGGGGAGGAGCUCGGAGCAGAGGAAGAGGAGGCGGAGCAUAGCGACAGUGCCAGGAAACCCAGCGAGGAUGGCGUGCCCAGCAGUCUGGAUCAUGACAUAAAUGAUGACAUCGAUUUCGAGGGACCAGAUGAUCUGGAGAUGAAUAGCAAAUCCUCGCCACGAAGGUUUAAUGAGGAUGAGGACGAUGAAGAUCACAGCAGUUUCUCCGCGCUGGAUCACAUCCGUCACUUUAGUAUGGAGGACGGAGACCUCAGCGACAGUGAUGUCACCAGCUUUGGCCCCGCCCACCUGCAAGAGGGCAUCAAGCAGCCUCUAUACAGGAAAUCGAAAUCACAGGCAUAUGCUAUGAUGCUGUCUCUAGCUGAUAAGGAUCCACUCCAUUCGUCGACCCAUAAUGCCCCGAUGUGGCACAGCUUGGCCCGCGCUGCAGAACCCAGCGCCAUUCAGUCCCUCAGUCACGUAUGACAUGCCCAUGUACCAUGUGACCUAACUUAACAUUGUGUUAGACUACCGCCAGAGUCCCUGGUCCACACUCACGCCUGCACAAGUGCCCAAAUCCUCAAUCACUUCCAACACACACACCCAGACCCUGUGCAUAGCAGCUCACUGUCCCACAUACAUCAACAAAUGAUUGACUGACUGUUUGAUCGACUUAUUGAUUAGUAGGAAUGACAAUAGUUACAGUAAUUUUGAUGGUGAUAAUGAAGACGAUGAUGACAAUAGUAGUAAGAUGUAAUAAUAAUUGUAUUUAUUCUGUCAAGUUCCAAUGUUUUGCACAGCAGUGGCAGCUGGUGAACAGUUUUUGAGAUUGCUAAUGAAACGUCGGUGUCAUAUUUGUGAGUUUUGUCCGCUAAAACCGAUGGUUACUAAGAGUAACAGAAAAGAGUCUUCCACAAGACAAAUGUGAUCGCAGACUAUUCAGGCACAACCGCUUACCGGCCUGUAAAUAUCUUUAGAAUUACCGCCAUCACACACGCAAACACAAAUAAACGCAAAUACAGACACGCAAAAACAACCAUGUGUGUUUUUCAAACAUUCUUUUUGGUCUUGUACAGAAACGUACAAGUUUACAAACGAAUGCGAGGGGUCAUGGGGUUAGUGUUUCUCUUUUAAGAUAUUCUCCAGGAGUUUGUAAAUUUGAAAACGUAAUCAGAUACACAUAAAAGGUGUGACCUUUAGACCUCUCACUGACGCUGCUUGUAAAAAAAAAAAAAAAAAAAAAAGGUGUAAGGAGCGAGACAGUGACUAUUUUCAAGUUCUGUCCAAUUAAAGCACUGCAUUACCUUCAACCCACUUUCCCGCCAGUUUGUGCGAAAACGUGCUCUUUUUAGUUAGUUUCUUUUUUAAGUUGGAAGAGUGGUUGUAAAAAAUACUAGAAUUAUUAUUAUUUUUUUUUCUAAAUUGAAAAAAUAGUUUAAGAAUUGAAUCUGUAGAACUUGCGUAAAGGGCAUUUUAUCAUUUCCACGGUAACGUUAACUUUUUCCAUUAGUUGGCGAACGAUACCACUAAAUAGCCUGAAGCCUGAAUGCUAGUCUUUAGCUACACCAUCCUCGUGUGUCUUUCAUUUAUAGACAAUCAUGGGUUCAUUGUGUUUAUUUUUUCCCCUUGUAUCGUUUGUUGCUUUGUUUAUGUCUCUCUUUUAUUUCUUGGUUGAUGUCGUCAAUGUUAUUGCUGUGUAUCUUGAAAGUUGUAUUUAUUUCUCUGCAAACUGUAGUUUGUUUACUGAAUAGCACUGCUCUCAAGCGCCCCCUUGUGUUGAAAUGAAGAAUUUCUCACUGAAAAUUUUGGGGGAAGAGACUCUACUGGGGUUUGUAGAAAUGUCUGAAUGCCAGAUAGUAUUAAACGUACCAUCACAGCUUAUACUUCUAAUAAAACUGGUAAAUGAUAUAGAUAUUACUUAGGUUUUUUUGUAUGACAAUUUAUUGAUUCAACUGUAAAAUAUAAAAAAAAUGAGAAAAUAGAGAAAAAAAGGAAAGAAUAAAAACAGCUGAUAUUAUUUCUUCAUAAAACGCAUGAUUGGUCCAAGCUGUACCUGACAUUUUCUAUGGUUGUCUGCAAGCUUGUGUGACGUUUGGGUCCAUGUUGAUUUCUUGUGCCAAACCUAGGAGAAAUGCCAGAUUUUCUUUAUCCUCACGAGGUGAAGGACCAGAUCUUUCCUAUUUCACUUUGUUUUUUUUUUUUGUCGAUGUUUAUAAUCCCAUUUUUAAAAGUAAUCAGUGAGUUGAGGUACUUCUGUUUUAAUGCUUUCUACAAUGUAACUGUAUUGCAUUAUAAUUCAAUACUGUGGGAGGAGUUACUGAGAAAUAAAAAAAAAAAAAAACUCCUAUGUGGGCGGACUGUGCACUC